AUGCAUGAGGGGGCAGGGGGCCAGCAGGCGCCUCCGGCAGGGAGGGCAGACUGGCCGGGGAGGACGCGUGCCUGGGGUGGCACCUGGGAGCUGCUGGGACCCUCCAUCACAGGCGCAGAGAACUCUCCCCCGUCUUGCCCAGCAGCAGACCCCAGUGCUGGUGCAGCCUUCCUCCCAAAGCUGGCCUGCCAGACUCUGGAGGAGGUGCGGGGGUCCAGCCGCCUUUGGGGACCCCAGUCGAGCACGCCCAGCUCGCUCCCUGGUGAUUCCACUCCAGCAGCCCCAGGUCAGGUGUCUGGGUCCUGGGGAGAGAGCUUCGCCUCUGCCAUUCAGCCCUCCAUGCUCCUGCCACCACCGCAGCCCCCUGACCUCCCCGAGGCCCUGUCAGCCCCGGCUCCUCCAGUCAACCAGGGGCCCACACCCCGUCCUCUCUCUCCAGCCUUCCUCUCUGCUGGCCUCGGGGUAUUUGCCCCCUCGGAGACCUACCCUUUGCCCAUGACGAGCUCCAGCUGGGAGCCCCAGCUGGACUCCCUGUUACCAUCAGGCCCUUCCACCAGCUCCACAGGGGCCCAAGCCAUGGCUGAGCCCACAGAGCAGGGCCCUAAGAACCCACAUGUGUCUGGUGUGAUGGUUCAGCUGGAGAUGAAGGCUGUGUGGGAGGAAUUCAACCAGCUGGGCACAGAGAUGAUGGUCACCAAGGCGGGCAGGAGGAUGUUCCCCACCUUCCAGGUGAAGAUCCUGGGCAUGGACACGCUGGUUGACUACGCCCUGCUCACGGACUUCGUGCCUUUGGAUGACAAGAGAUACAGGUAUGCCUUCCAUAGCUCAGCCUGGCUGGUGGCGGGCAAGGCGGACCCAACCACACCUGGCCGCGUGCACUUCCACCCCGACUUGCCGGCCAAGGGCACACAGUGGAUGCGCCAGAUUGUGUCCUUCGACAAGCUCAAGCUGACCAACAACCUGCUGGACGACAACGGCCACAUCAUUCUCAGCCCCAUGCACCGCUACCAGCCACGCUUCCACGUGGUCUUCGUGGACCCACGCAAAGACAGCAAGCGCUACGCGCAGAACUUCAAGUCCUUCAUCUUCACAGAGACCCAGUUCACGGCCGUGACGGCAUAUCAGAACUGCCGGAUCACCCAGCUGAAAAUCGCCAGCAACCCUUUUGCCAAGGGCUUUAGGGAGAGUGACCCGGACUCCUGGCCUAUAUCUCCACGGCCCCUGCUCAGCGUCCCGACCCAGAGUCACAGCAGCCUCCGCCCCUGCCUGCUGAAGGGCUUCACAGAGGAGGAGAAAGACCCCAACAAAGCUCCAGCCUUCAUCUCCAGGAUCCCUGCCAGGCUCCACCAUCAGCUGCUGGCUCCCCCUGAGGCUCUGCUGGCCUCAGCCACCUACCGGCCCCUCACCUACCAGGGCCUGUACCCUGGAGUCUCAAGCCCCCUCCGAAUCCCAAGGGCCCGACCGACACCAUACCCCCUACCCAAUAUCCAGGCUGACAGGGAUCAGGGGGGCCUCCCCUUCCCAGCUGGGCUGGGGCUCCUCUCCCGCACUGCAGUGCGCCUGGGGCCUGGCCAGGACCUGCAGUGA